UCUCUUCCUCAGCAUAUGCAGCUUGCAAAGGGAAUUUCUACACUUGCCCAAGUGGUCGCUGUAUUCAUCAGAGCUGGAUUUGUGAUGGAGAUGAUGACUGUGAAGACAACGACGAUGAAAUGGGAUGUGAGAGUGGUCAUCGAGAGUGCUACCCUGGUGAAUGGCCCUGCCCUGUAUCAGGGCAAUGCAUUCCUAUUGGUAAAGUCUGUGAUGGGACACCAGACUGCCCUGCCGGAGAAGAUGAAAUGAACAUAACAGCAGGCAGACUUUGCAACAUAUCUCGCUGUGCAGCCUUAAGCUGUCAAUAUCGUUGCCAUUCUUCCCCCUCUGGAGGAACAUGCUAUUGCCCUGCUGGAUAUAUAAUCAGUAGCAAUGAUAGUCGCACCUGCGUUGACUUUGACGACUGCAAGAUGUGGGGUGUUUGUGACCAAGUGUGUGAAGACCGUGUUGGCCACCACCAGUGUCGCUGCGUGGAAGGCUAUGUCCUGGAGCAUCACCGUCACUGCCGGGCCAAUGUUUCAUCUGGAGUUGCCUCUGUCAUUUUUUCCAAUGGUCGUGAUUUGCUGGUUGGAGAUGUUCAUGGCAGGAGUUUUCGUACUCUGGUACAGUCUCGGAAUCGUGGAGUGGCCGUUGGAGUGGACUUCCACUUUCAGCUGCGUAGGAUCUUUUGGACGGAUACAGUGCAAGAUAAGGUUUUUUCUGUCAGCAUUGAUGGCUCAGACAUCCAUGAAGUUUUAAAUGUUUCAGUUGAUACACCUGAAAAUUUAGCUGUAGACUGGAUUAACCACAAGCUAUAUAUAGUGGAGACCAGUGUUAACAGAAUUGAUAUGGUAAAUUUGGAUGGAACUAAUCGCAUAACUCUUGUUGCUGAAAGUCUGGGAAAUCCUAGAGGAAUAGCUGUUGAUCCUACUGUUGGUUAUUUAUUUUUCUCAGACUGGGAUAGUCUCUCUGGUGAUCCUAAAGUGGAAAGAGCCUUUAUGGAUGGAACAAACCGUCUGGACUUGAUUAAAACAAAACUAGGCUGGCCUGCUGGGAUAACUCUGGAUAUCAUAUCAAGGAGACUUUACUGGGUGGAUAGCCGAUUUGAUUACAUUGAGACUGUAACUUAUGAUGGACUGCAAAGGAGAACAAUAGCCCAUGGAGGAUCAUUGAUUCCACAUCCAUAUGGAAUAAGCCUUUUUGAACAUAAUGUGUAUUUUACUGACUGGACAAAGAUGGCAGUGAUGAAAGCGAAUAAAUUUGAGGAGUCUAGCCCGCAAGUUAUUUAUCAAUCUUCCUUGCGUCCAUAUGGAGUGACAAUUUAUCACCCUCUCAGGCAGCCAUAUGUAAGAAACCCUUGUGGUGGUAAUAAUGGUGGGUGUGAGCAAAUCUGUGUCCUCAGCCACAAAACAGACAAUGAUGGUCUUGGCUAUCGUUGCAAAUGCAUGCUGGGGUUCGACUUGCACCCAGAUGGGCGACACUGCAUCGCUGUGCAACAGUUUUUGCUAUUCUCAUCACAGCUAGCUGUGCGUGGAAUCCCAUUCAACCUUUCCACCCAGGAAGAUGUGAUCAUUCCUGUGACAGGGAGCCCUUCUUACUUUGUUGGAAUUGACUUCUAUGCACAGGAGGACACCAUCUUCUAUUCAGAUACCACAAAGGACAUUAUUUAUAAGCAAAAAACAGACGGGACAGGCAGGGAAAUUCUUGCAUCCAACAGAGUGGAAGGAGUUGAAGACUUGGCUUUUGACUGGAUUUCAAAGAAUAUCUACUGGACAGACCCUCGAUAUAGAAGCAUUAGUGUGAUGAGGCUGGCUGACCGAUCAAGAAGAGCCAUUGUCCAGAAUCUGAAUAACCCUCGUUCAAUAGUGGUUCAUCCUGUUAUUGGAUACAUAUUUUGGACAGACUGGUUCCGCCCUGCUAAGAUUGUGAGAGCUUGGAGCGAUGGAUCCCACGCCUUACCAAUUGUAAACACCACACUUGGUUGGCCCAAUGGCUUGGCCAUUGAUUGGAGUUCCUUGAGGCUUUAUUGGGUGGAUGCCUUCUUUGAUAAAAUUGAGCACAGUACCUUUGAUGGGCUUGAUAGGAAAUCACUUGAACGCAUUAAUCAGAUGACACAUCCAUUUGGUCUCACUAUCUUUGGAGGUUAUGCAUACUUUACUGAUUGGAGGCUUGGUGGAAUAGUUCGAGUUCGGAAGUCUGAUGGAGGAGAAAUGACUAUUAUCAGGAGAGGAAUCAGUAACAUCAUGCAUGUGAAAGCAUAUAACGCUCAUUCUCAAAUAGGUACUAACUUCUGUAACAGAGCAACAAAUCCCAAUGGAGACUGUAGCCACUUCUGCUUUCCAGUACCCAAUUUUCAGAGAGUUUGUGGCUGCCCCUACGGAAUGAAGCUGAGUUCUAAUCAACUGACCUGUGUGGAAGAUCCAUCCAAUGAGCCCCCCACUUUACAGUGUGGUUCAUACUCCUUUUCCUGUGGUAAUGGAAGGUGUGUACCCAGGGUCUAUCGUUGUGAUGGUGUGGAUGAUUGCCAUGACAACAGCGAUGAACAAAACUGUGGUUCCCUAAACAUCUCUUGUGCUGCCUCAGCCUUUACCUGUAGAAAUGGCCAGUGCAUUCCCAGACGGUGGCAAUGUGAUAAACACAAUGACUGUCUUGACAACAGUGAUGAACUUCACUGCCCCACACAGGGCCCUACAUCGUGCCCUGCAACCUUGUUCACCUGUGAUAACAGCAAAUGCAUUCCCAGAAUAUGGCUAUGUGAUACAGACAACGACUGUGAAGAUGGAUCGGAUGAAAAGAACUGCACUUUCACACAGACAUGUGAACCUGGUCAGUUCCAGUGUCCUGAUCACAGGUGCAUAGAUCCGUUUUAUGUUUGUGAUGGUGACAAGGAUUGUGUAGAUGGAGCAGAUGAACAUGAUUGCAUCUACAACUGUAGUUCCACUGAAUUUAAAUGUGCAAGUGGAGACCAGUGCAUUAAGAUUUAUUACCAAUGUGAUGGUGUCUUUGACUGCAAUGAUCAUUCAGAUGAGGCUGGUUGUCCUACAAGGCCACCUGGGAUGUGCCACCAGGAUGAAUUCCAGUGUCAGUCGGAUGGUAACUGUAUCCCUGCCACCUGGGAAUGUGAUGGACAUCCUGACUGUGUGGAUGGCUCAGACGAGCAUCACAGGUGCCCACCCAAGACUUGCCCUCCUUCUCUUUUCCUCUGUGAUAACGGGAACUGCAUCUACCGUGCCUGGAUCUGUGAUGGUGAUAAUGACUGCAGGGAUAUGAGUGAUGAAAGGGACUGUCCUACUCAGCCUUUCCGGUGUCCCAGCUGGCAGUGGCAAUGCCCAGGCCACAGUAUGUGUGUCAACCUGAGCAAAGUAUGUGACAAUCUGGCUGAUUGCCCUAACGGAGCUGAUGAAUCACCACUUUGCAAUGAGCCACAGCCAGACCAAGAGAGCUGUUCUGAUAAUAAUGCGGGCUGCACACAUCAGUGCAUUCAAGGACCCUUUGGAGCCCAGUGUUCAUGUCCAUUUGGAUACCAGCUUGCCAAUGAUUCCAAAACUUGUGAAGAUAUUAAUGAAUGUUACCCUCCAGGGUUUUGUAGCCAGCACUGCCAUAAUGAAAGAGGAUCUUUUAGGUGCUUCUGUGAUGAAGGUUAUGUGUUAGAACCCAAUGGGAAGACUUGCAAAGUAGCAGAAUCUGGGAAUCUUCUCUUGUUGGUGGCAAGCCGCAACCAAAUUGUUGUUAACAACGUAACUUCUAACGCACAACGCAUUUAUUCCUUGGUUCGAGAUGGAAGGAAUAUUGUUGCUCUUGAUUUUGAUUCCGCGACGGAGAGAAUAUUUUGGUCUGACAUUUCACAAGACAAGAUUUGGAGUGCAUACCAGAAUGGGACGGACAGAAGAGUAGUGUUCGACAGUGGUGUCACUGUAACGGAAAGCAUAGCAGUGGACUGGGUAGGCCGGAAUCUUUACUGGAUGGACUAUGUUCUCGAAACCAUUGAAGUUUCCAGACUUGAUGGGAGCCAUAGGACUGUGCUGAUCAGUGAAAAUGUCACAAACCCAAGGGGGCUAGUUUUAGAUCCCAGGACAGAUGCUCAUGUGAUGUUCUGGACAGACUGGGGUCGGAAUCCUCGAAUUGAAAGAGCAAGCAUGGACGGCAAAUUGAGAACCACCAUCAUCAGUAAUAAGAUCUAUUGGCCCAAUGGACUUUCCAUUGACUACCCCAACAAGUUGCUGUAUUUUGCAGAUGCCUAUCUCGACUACAUUGAUUUCUGUGAUUACAAUGGAAACAAUAGGCGGCAGGUGGUGGCAAGUGACUUGAUUUUGCGGCAUCCUCAUGCACUCACUCUUUUUGAAGAUUUUGUAUACUGGACUGACCGAUACACCCACCGAGUGCUUCGAGCCAACAAGUGGCAUGGAAGAAAUCAAACAGUCAUGAUUUAUAAUAUUCACCAACCUCUGGGCAUUGUUGCAGUCCACCCUGUGAAACAGCCUACUGGUACCAACUUUUGUGAUCGAUCUCCGUGUAGCCACCUGUGUUUGCUUUCUUCAUCAGGGCCACUUUUUUAUUCUUGUGCCUGCCGUUCUGGAUGGACUCUCUCCCCUGAUCACGUGAACUGCAUGAGAGUUGAACAACCAUUCCUUAUAGCUGUAAGAGAUAACAUAAUUUAUGGCAUUUCUCUGAACCCUGAGGAAAAGACAAAUGAUGCCAUGGUUCCUAUAGCAGGAGUUCGGAAUGGAUAUGAUGUUGACUUUGACGAUACGGAACAGUUUAUCUACUGGGUUGAAAAUCCAGGUGAAAUUCAUAGAGUAAAGUCAGAUGGUACAAACAGGACAACAUUUGCCCCAGCUGCUGUUAUUGGGACCCCUAUGGGCCUGGCUUUAGACUGGAUAUCUGGAAACUUGUACUACAGCAAUCCUGACACACAGUCCAUUGAGGUCCUGAAGCUUCAUAGCGAAGUAAUCUACCGAAAAACACUGAUAACCAAUGAUGGUACAUCUAGAGGAUCUGGAAGACCAAUUGGUUUAACUGUUGAUCCCGUUCAAGGGAAGCUGUACUGGACAGACCAAGGAACUGACAGUGGGGUCCCAGCCAAGAUUGCCAGUGCAAACAUGGAUGGCUCAGAUAUCAGAACCCUCUUCACUGGUAAUCUAGACCAUGUAGGGUUUAUCACCAUUGAUAUCAAGGAGCAAAAGCUGUACUGGCCAGUCACAAGCACGGGAGUGAUUGAACGAGGGAAUGUAGAUGGCACUAAUCGGAUGACUUUGGUUGUGCACCUGUCUCACCCAUGGGGAGUGGCUGUCUAUGAUUCUUUUCUGUAUUACACUGACCGGGAUUAUGAGGUCAUUGAGCGUGUUGACAAGUCCACUGGAGGAAACAAAGUUGUGCUGAGAGACAACACUCCAGGACUGAAAUGUCUGCGAGUAUAUUACCGAGACAAAUCUGCUGGUUCCUCAAAUGGCUGCAGUAACAACAUUGGGAUUUGCCAGCAUCUGUGCCUGCCUGUGCCUGGUGGACUCUUCACUUGUGCGUGUGCUACUGGCUUUCAGUUAAAUCCUGAUAAUAGGACCUGCUCCCCAUACAGCUCCUUUGUCGUUGUUUCCAUGCUGUCUGCAAUUAAAGGAUUUAGCUUAGAGACAUCUGACCAUUCUGAAGCAAUGGUCCCUUUAGCAGGAAGAGGAAGAAAUGCGCUACAUGUUGAUGUCCACAUGCCUUCUGGUUUCAUUUACUGGUGUGACUUCAGCAGCAGGAUUCCAUCACAGAAUGCAAUACGCAAAAUCAAGCCAGAUGGCUCCUAUUUUAGAAAUGUCAUCACAAAUGGAAUAGGAUUUAACGGAAUCCGUGGCAUUGCAAUUGACUGGGUAUCAGGAAAUCUCUAUUUUACCAAUGCAUUCUUGAUCGAGACAUUUAUAGAAGUUCUGCGUUUAAAUACUACUUACCGCCGCGUCCUACUUAAAACCACUGUGGAUAUGCCAAGACAUAUUGUAGUAGACCCCAAAAAUAGAUACCUCUUCUGGGCUGAUUAUGGACAGAACCCUAAGAUUGAACGUGCACUUCUAGACUGCACAAAUAGGACCGUGCUAGUAUCUGAAGGAAUUGUUACGCCUCGUGGCGUAGCAGUAGAUCACAGCACUGGAUAUGUUUAUUGGGUGGAUGAUUCUUUAGAUAUGAUUGCAAGAAUUUCACAUGAUGGUGGAGAGCCUGAAAUUGUCCGCUAUGGAAGCCGUUACCCAACUCCAUAUGGCAUUACUAUUUUUGAAAACUCUAUGAUCUGGGUGGAUAGGAAUUUGAAAAAAAUCUUUCAAGCCAGCAAAGAGCCAGGAAAUACUGAACAGCCAACAGUGAUACGGGACAAUAUCAAUUGGCUGAGAGAUGUUACCAUUUACAACAGCCAUUAUCAGUCACAGUUGCCUGUUGACAUCAACAACAAUCCAUGCCUUGAGAACAAUGGAGGCUGUUCCCAUCUGUGUUUUGCACUUCCUGAUCUGCAAAUGCCAAAGUGUGGGUGUGCAUUUGGAUUGUUAGAAAGUGACGGUAAAACGUGUUCAAUUUCAACGGACAACUACUUGAUCUUUGCCUUGGAAAAUGCCCUUAGAAGCAUACGUUUGGAUCCUGAGAAUCAUAGCCCUCCAUUUCGUACAAUCAAUGUAUUAAGAACUGCAGUUGCUUUGGAUUAUGACAGUGUGAACAACGUAAUCUAUUUCACUCAAAGUUCUCCUGAAGGCACAGGAAGAAUCAGUUCUAUUAGUAUCUCUUCUGGAGCUUCUGAACCAACCAUAGUGGCAUCAGAUUUAGGAACUCCAGAUGGCAUAGCCUUUGACUGGAUCAACAACAGACUGUACUACAGUGACUAUCUAAAUCAGACUAUCUGUUCAAUGGCUGUGGAUGGAUCCAAUCGCUCUGUGGUGGCCCGUGUUCCACGCCCAAGGGCCAUUGUUUUGGAUCCCUGCCAAGGAUAUAUGUACUGGACUGACUGGAGUUCCAGUGCUCAAAUUGAACGGGCGACACUUGGAGGAAACUUCAGGACUUCCAUUGUAAGCACCAACUUAGUAUGGCCAAAUGGACUUACACUGGACUAUGAAGAGCAGCAGCUUUAUUGGGCAGAUGCAAAUUUACAGAAGAUCGAACGCAGCUCCCUUACAGGUGCAAAUCGUGAGGUUAUUAUUAGCACGGCGCUGUAUCCAUUUGCAAUGACUCUGUUUGAUCAGCACAUCUACUGGACAGACUGGAACACUCGAAGUAUCUAUAGAGCCAACAAAUAUGAUGGGUCAGAUCAGAUGGUUAUGAUCUCAAGCCUGCCAAACAGGCCAAUGGAUAUUCACGUCUGGGCAAAAAGCAAGCAACAGCAGUGCACCAAUCCUUGCAACCAGUUUAAUGGUGGCUGUAGUCACAUCUGUGUCACAGGCCCCACAGGUGCAGAGUGCCAGUGCCCUGCUGAGGGACACUGGUAUUUAGCCAAUAACAACAAGCACUGCAUUGCGGACAAUGGCACCAGGUGUGGAGGAUCCCUGUUCACCUGCCUCAAUGGCCGGUGCAUCUCAGAGCGCUGGAAGUGUGACAAUGAUAAUGACUGCGGGGAUGGCAGUGAUGAAUUGGAAAGUGUGUGCGCUUUUCAUACCUGUCAGCCAACAGCUUUCACCUGCGGCAAUGGGCGGUGUGUACGCUACGCUUAUCGCUGUGAUCACUACAAUGACUGUGGAGACAACAGUGAUGAGGUGGGCUGCUUGUUCCGAACUUGUGACUCCCACACAGAAUUUACUUGCAAUAAUGGAAGGUGUAUAUCUCUUGAAUACGUCUGCAAUGGUGUAAACAACUGUUUUGAUAAUGGCACUUCAGAUGAGAGAAAUUGCCCUGAACGUACUUGUCAAUCUGGUUAUACCAAAUGUCAGAGCACAAACAUAUGCAUUCCUCGAACUUAUCUUUGUGAUGGGGAUAAUGACUGUGGUGACAUGAGUGAUGAGAGCCCUACUCACUGUGUCUCACUGACUUGCACCAAUACUGAGUUUCGUUGUUCAUCGGGGCGUUGCAUUCCUGCUCAUUGGUACUGUGAUCAAGCAAUAGAUUGUGCUGAUGGUUCGGAUGAGCCAGCUUCUUGUGUACCUCCUGUAAGGAGCUGUUCAAGUGACCAGUUCAAGUGUGAUGGUGGCAGAUGUAUACCGGUUACAUGGAUCUGUGAUGGAGAUAAUGACUGUGGUGAUAUGAGUGAUGAGGACCAAAGACACAAUUGUGCAAACCGCAGCUGCUCAGCUUCUGAAUUCACAUGUGUGAAUAAUGUGCCUCCACUAAGAAGGUGUAUUCCUAGAGCCUGGGUAUGUGAUGGGGAUGCUGACUGUAUCGAUGCUUUUGACGAACAUCAAAACUGCACAAGGAGGCCUUGCAUGGACAAUGAAUUUACUUGUAGCAAUGGAUUAUGCAUCCGUAACACAUACAGGUGUGACCGACGUAAUGACUGUGGUGACAGCAGUGAUGAGAGGGGUUGCAUCUAUCAGCCUUGUCCACAACACCAGUUUACCUGCCAAAAUGGCCGCUGCGUCUCAAAGGCCUAUGUCUGUGAUGGGGACAAUGAUUGUGGUGAUGAAUCAGAUGAGCUGGAAUAUCUCUGUGUUACACCAGAAGCAACCUGUCCUCCCCAUUAUUUUAAGUGUGACAAUGGGAACUGCAUUGAAAUGGUCAAAGUCUGUAAUCGGAACGAUGACUGCAUUGAUAACAGUGAUGAAAAAGGAUGUGGCAUUAAUGAAUGUAGUGACCCUUCAAUCAGUGGCUGUGACCAUAUCUGCACUGACACCCAGACUAGUUUCUAUUGUUCAUGUCGUGUUGGCUACAGGCUCAUGUCCAAUAAAAGGUCUUGUGAUGACAUAGAUGAGUGCAGUGAAACGCCAUCAGCAUGUAGCCAGAUUUGUGAGAAUACCGUUGGCUCCUACAUCUGUAAGUGUGCUCCAGGCUACCUCCGUGAGCCUGAUGGGAAAAGCUGCCGGCAAAAUAGUAACAUCUCACCCUACCUUAUCUUUAGUAACCGUUACUAUCUGAGAAACCUCACUACGGAUGGCCAGUCUUACUCUCUCAUUUUGCAAGGACUCAGAAAUGUAGUGGCACUAGACUUCGACAGGGUGGAAAAAAGGCUUUACUGGAUUGAUGUGGGCAGGAGGGUCAUCGAAAGAAUGUUUUUCAAUGGGACAAACAAGGAAAUAAUAAUCAAUGAUGGUGUGCCCAACGGGGAAGGUAUUGCUGUUGACUGGGUUGGCAGAAAACUGUAUUGGGUUGAUGCCUACCAAGACUGCCUCUAUGUGGCCGAACUUGAUGGCCGCUUCCGGAAAAAAAUAGUUGAUCGCUGUUUGGAUCCCAACAAUACUUUCUGUUUUCAACAUCCUAGAGGAAUUGUUGUUCACCCUAAAUAUGGACAUGUCUACUGGACAGACUGGGCAGAACGAGCGUAUAUUGGGCGUGCCGGAAUGGAUGGCAAGAACAAGACAGUGAUUAUCUCUGCCAAGUUAGAGUGGCCCAAUGGACUCACCAUAGAUUAUACCAAUGACAAGCUCUACUGGGCAGAUGCCCAUCUAAACUACAUUGAGUACUCAGACUUAGAUGGCCAACACCGUCACACUGUGUAUGAUGGGUCAUUGCCUCAUCCAUUUGCCAUUACAGUUUUUGAGGAUACAAUCUACUGGACUGACUGGAAUACAAGAACUGUUGAAAAGGGGAAUAAAUACAAUGGAUCAGGCAGGGCUGUUCUAGCAAACACCACCCACAGGCCCUUUGAUAUCCAUGUCUAUCACCCAUACAGGCAACCAAUUGUAAGUAAUCCUUGUGGGACAAACAAUGGUGGCUGUUCUCAUCUGUGUCUCAUCAAAAAUGGUGGUAAUGGUUAUUCCUGUGAAUGCCCAGAUAACUUUAUGGUAGUACAGUAUGGCAACACAGCUCACUGCCUUCCAGUGUGUUCUAGCACCCAGUUCCUGUGUGCAGACAGUGAAAGAUGCAUUCCCAUCUGGUGGAAAUGUGAUGGACAAAGAGACUGCCGAGAUGGCUCUGAUGAACCACCCACAUGUCCUCACAGAUACUGCCAUGUUGGGCAGUUCCAGUGCAAUGAUGGCAAUUGUACUAGUUCGCAUUUUUUGUGCAAUGCCAUGCCAAACUGCCCUGAUGGAUCUGAUGAAGACCAUGUGCUCUGUGCCAAUCAUCAGUGUGAGAUUCACCAGUGGCAAUGUACCAACAAGCGGUGCAUCCCAGAAGCAUGGCAGUGUGACCGAGAGGAUGACUGUGGUGACAACUCAGAUGAAGACAGUUCUCAUUGUGCCAGCAGGACUUGCCCCCCAGGCCAGUUUAAAUGUGAUAAUGGCCGCUGCAUACCCCAGUCCUGGAAGUGUGAUGUGGAUGAUGACUGUGGAGAUAACUCAGAUGAGCCAGUCCACGAAUGCAUGGGCCCUGCCUACCGAUGUGAUAAUCACACAGAAUUCAGCUGUACAACAAAUUAUCGUUGUGUCCCCUUGUGGUCUUUAUGCAAUGGUCACAAUGACUGCAGAGACAACAGUGACGAACAAGGCUGCGAGUCGAUGACUUGUGAUCCUCUGGGAGAUUUCCGCUGUGAUAAUCACAGGUGCAUCCCAUUGAGGUGGAAGUGUGAUGGGGAUAAUGACUGUGGAGAUGAGUCUGAUGAACAAAACUGCAGCCCUCGCGAAUGCACAGAAAGUGAAUAUCGGUGUGAGAACCUGCGCUGCAUUCCGUCUCGGUGGAUAUGUGACCAUGACAAUGACUGCGAGGACAAUUCAGAUGAACGGGAUUGUGAACUAAGGACCUGCCAUCCUGGUUAUUUCCAAUGCAGCAGUGGGCAUUGUGUCGCAGAACGGUUCCAAUGUGAUGGAAGUGCAGACUGUCUGGAUUUCUCUGAUGAAGCAACUUGUCCUACUCGGUAUCCAAAUGGAACUUACUGCCCACAAGCAAUGUUCGAGUGCAGGAACCAUGUCUGCAUUCAGCCCUACUGGAAAUGUGACGGAGAUGAUGACUGCGGAGAUGGCUCAGAUGAAGAACUUCACUUCUGCUUGGACAUUGCUUGUGAUCCACCAUUCCGAUUCCGCUGUGACAAUAACCGUUGCAUCUACAAUCACGAGCUGUGCAACCAGGAGGAUGACUGUGGAGAUGGGAGUGAUGAGAAGGAAGAGCACUGCAGAGAACCCACCCCUAGACCUUGUGAUACUGAAGAAUUCAAGUGUGGCAAUGGAAACUGCAUCCCACUACAUUAUGUUUGCGAUAAUUAUGAUGACUGCGGAGAUCACUUCGAUGAACUGGGCUGCAAUUCAGGAACAGGGAGAACCUGUGCUGAAAAUAUCUGUGAACACAACUGCACAAACUUAACCGAAGGAGCCUUUAUAUGUACCUGCCGGCCUGGAUACAGUCCUAGUGAGCUGAACAGAAAUUCCUGUGAUGACAUCAAUGAAUGUGAGAUCUUCGGAACUUGCCCCCAGACUUGUAAAAACUCCAAAGGAAGUUAUGAAUGCUUCUGUGCAGAGGGAUUUAGAUCUGUUGGGGAUCAGCAGGGAAAGCAGUGUGCAGCCAUUGGAAAUCCACCAAUCUUACUUCUGCCUGACAAUGUCCGUAUUCGAAAGUACAAUAUGUCAUCUGAGCAAUACUCUGACUACAUUGAAAAUGAGGAGCACAUCCAAGCCAUAGACUAUGAUUGGGACCCUGAGGGAAUAGGGCUUAGUGUCAUAUACUACAGCAUUCUGGGGCGUGGUUCAGAGUUUGGCUCCAUCAAACGUGCCUACCUGCCCGUAUUUGAAAGCAGCGGAAAUAAUCCUGUGAAGGAAGUUGACCUGAAUCUGAGAUACCUCGUCAGUCCUGUUGGUUUAGCUGUGGACUGGGUUGGGAGGCACCUUUACUGGACGGACUCUGGGACAAAUCGAGUAGAAGUGGCAAAGCUGGAUGGAAGAUACCGGAAGUGGCUCAUCUAUUCUCUGCUGGAUCAACCAGCAGCUAUAGCUGUCAACCCCAAACUUGGGCUGAUGUAUUGGACUGACUGGGGAAGGGAACCCAAAAUUGAAAGUGCCUGGAUGGAUGGACAGCAGAGACAGACAUUGGUCUCUGAGGACCUUGGUUGGCCAACUGGCCUGUCUAUUGAUUAUUUAAACAAUGACAGAGUCUAUUGGAGUGAUCAGAAGGAAAACCUGAUCGAAUCUAUGAAAUUUGAUGGAACUGAUAGAAAGAUCGUUUUGCAUGGAGUUAGCAGCCCAUACAGCCUUGAUGUCUUUGAAGGCCAUCUUUAUUGGACAUCAAAGGAAAGAGGGGAAGUCUGGAAGGAAGACAAAUUUGGGAAGGGAGAGAAAGUCAAAGUGCUGACAAUAAACCCCUGGCUUACUCAAGUCCGUAUCUAUCACCAACACAGAUGCCAUCAGUCAGUAUCCAAUCCAUGCAAAGAUGUCUGCAGCCACCUUUGUUUGCUGAGACCUGGAGGAUAUACCUGUGCUUGCCCACAAGGGGCUCGUUUUAUAGAAGGCAGCUCAACAGAGUGUGAUGCAGCAAUUGAACCUCCCCCUGCUAUGCCACCGGCCUGUCGUUGUAUGCAUGGAGGAACUUGCUAUAUUGAUGAAAGUGGGCUUCCUAAAUGCAAAUGCUUGUAUGGUUACACUGGAAAUUACUGUGAAGCAGGAUUGUCAAAAGGAGUUCCUCCUGGGACAACAGCAGUGGCUGUGUUGCUGACUGUUCUUCUCAUCAUAAUCAUUGGAGCUCUGGGUGCUGGCAGCUUUUUAAAUUAUCGACGGACAGGCUCCCUCUUACCUUCACUUCCCAAACUCCCAAGCUUAAGCAGUCUUGUAAAAUCCACGGAAAAUGGCAAUGGUGUAACAUUCCGAUCUGGAGCUGAUGUGACCAUGGACAUCAGUGUCUCUGGUUUUGGAGCUGAAUCUUCUAUUGACAGAGCGAUGCAACUGAAUGAAAACUUUGCUGUGGAAAUUGGGAAGCAGCCAAUCACUUUUGAGAACCCGAUGUAUACAACAAAAGACAGUGGAACUGGGGAUGUGAACAUUGCUCCUCCCACACAAGUAACUGCUUCCAGCAGUGAAAGAAAUGAGAACUUUGAAAACCCAGUCUAUGCUACACCUGUAUCUGCAAGUGCCCCCCAGCCUCCUGCAAGUACAGAAAUUGCACAGGAGUCAAAGUGGAGCUUCUUUAAAAGAAAACUGAAGCAGAGUACUAAUUUUGAAAAUCCAGUCUAUUCAGAGAUGGAAAAGGAGCAAGGAGGAGAAGUGGAGAAUGUGCCUCCUCCAGCUCCAUCACUGCCUCAGAAGAUUAUUCUCAAAAGAGACCAAUCGUUAGCCUAUACAGCAACUGAGGAUUCGUUCAAAGACACCGCCAAUCUAGUCAAAGAGGACUCUGAUGUAUAACAAGUUAAGACAGGGAAUCAUUAGACACAUCCAUUUGCACAUGUAUUUUUGUAAACAGAAGGAAGAAUGGUUCACAUCUCUUCUUAAAGAAGCGUAUUUAGUCUGUAGCCAGAGACAUCUGUUGAAAGCAUGCCUUGUUCAUUUUUUACACAUGUCAAUGCCUAUUUUUAUGAGUAAUUAUCACCAUGUACUAUAUGUAUAUCUUUGCACUGACACUCUCUGAAAGUAAUGUUAUAAAUAUUCUGUACAUUUGUAAAUUUCUGAAAGAUUAUCUGGUUGUCGAUGUUUUAGUAGGACUCUUAUGGAAUUGCAUUAGGGAUAUACCCUUGAUACAAAUGAUUAUACAAAAUAAUAUAGAGAACAUAGCAGCCAUCUGCUGAAUUACAAAGACCUUUUGAACCCAUAUUUAUAGGCAGCGUUCUGCUAAGUAUGUACUGGUGCUUCUGUGCUUUCUAUUUUAUAUACCAGAGUAUGUGAAAAAUAGGCACCUCUUUGUACAAUACCAAACAGAACAUAAAAAACAGCUUGCCUAGUCCUCUUUGGGGACCUUAACAAGUGGCACAAGAUGUUUGUCUUGUACUAAUAUUUUGUCUGGUGGAAAUUAUAAAAUAUUUCCCUCAAACGUCUUUUCCCUAAAUUCCUACUUUUAAAAAUGUCAUCACGUAUGUGUGUAGGAUGCUAGGAUGUGUUGAACAUUUUCGCUGCUUUCACCUUUGAUUUAACAACCACUUUUAUUGAUCAUCAGUGUAAUUAUCUCUCUCCUUAACUGAAGUCUCUACAAGUUAAUUCAUAUAGUGUUAAAAUGAGAAUAGCCAGCUACCUAAAGUGCUUGACGGCUGUGCCAUUGCAUUCAAACAAUGCUGGCAUGCUUUAAAAUGAGCCAUUUUGUCUCAGACUUUUUUUCCAGAUGAACAUUUUUGAUAUUUCUUGACUAUUUAUUUCCUGAGGUGGGCAAUCAUGGAAAGGGAACUGAUUUUUAUUGAUACAGCUUUGUACUGUGCAUCUUGUUAGUUUUCUUACUCAUUAGCUGUUUUCAUAGACAUAAUUUGAACCUUUUAAGAAAAAUCUUUGUGCCACUCCAGGAAUGUAAAGUCUCAAGCAGUUGUUUGCUAUUCCUGGCACAGCUAGUCCUGUAAUUCCCACCUUCUAAAUUCAUGGCAAGUGAGACUUCUGCUCUUUUGGAUUUUUUUAAUACCUGAAUUCUCAAACUUAAAUGCUAUCCUGCUUUUACUUUGAAUAGAAAAGAACUGGAACAUGUUGCUGCUGAAUAAAUCUAAC